GACGCUGUAUAUUAUAUUUUCUUUUCACAGAUGACAAUUAUCUGUUGUGUUAAAUGUAGUUUUUCAACUGAUUAAUACAAUGAACGACCUCCAGUAUCUCAUCGAUAGACAAUUUGGCAUAAGCAGCCGCUAUAACUACGACAACGUGCUCAAGCGACUGGUGGUGAACGGUGCGGAGUGUUUUUACGGGCUGCAGCCUUCGAGUGCGGUGCCCGCAGCCUCACUCGAUCAGCAGGACCCUCCAAUCUUUGCAUGCCGAUUCUCGGAGGCUGCCGGCUAUGAAAACAUCUUAGCCUUAGCUAAUGAAGACGGAAAAGUGGCUAUUCAGGAUACAUCAAAGAUAAGUUUCACAGGAGCACUAGAUAGCUUCCAGUGCCAUAACAAUGCCGUGUUUGACUUGGCCUGGGCGCCUCGCUCCCUCAGCUUCGUUACCGUCUCAGGAGAUCAUACAGCCAGUUUAUGGGAUGUGGCCGAGAGCACUCCAAAACGUGUCCUCGUAUUCUCCAACCACACGCGCUCAGUCAAGACAGCUGUUUUCCGCCCUAAUGAGCCCUCAGUUUUUGCUACUGGGGCCCGAGAUGGACACAUCCUUGUUUGGGACGUGAGGUGCGGGCAACCCGCUGUUGUUGUUAAACCCGACAACUGCCUCAUGAACUGCCACUCCUCAUUCACACCAAAAACACCAGGUUCACAUACCAAAAGACCCCGACUUGAUAACCAUAGGUCCAUCAGCAUAACUGGUCUAGUUUUUCAAGACGACACAACCCUAAUAUCAUGCGGCGAAUGCGACGGUAACAUCAAAGUGUGGGAUUUAAGAAAGAAUUACACUAUUUAUAAAAGAGAACCACUACCAAAACAUUCUAUACCAUAUUGUGGAAGUUCGACAAAGAAUGGUUACACAAAUCUCAUUAUUGACGAUGCUAGGAUGAGGCUCUACGCCAGCUGCAUGGAUAAUGUAAUUUACUGCUUUAAUAUUUCAACGUAUAAUUCGCUGCCAGAACAAAGAUACGUUGGCCAUGAAAAUAGCACAUUUUACAUCAAAACUAGUCUUAGCCCAGACAGUAUGUAUUUGGUUUCUGGCAGUAGCGAUAAGAAUGCUUACAUUUGGAACGUAAAAUACUCUGAGCCGGUUGUAAAGUUGGUUGGGCACUGGGCCGAGGUCACGUGCCCUGCGUGGUGUCAGAAGGGUGACAUGAAAAUCGUCACUUGCAGCGACGACGCACGACACAAGAUCUGGAGAAUAGGGAAGGAGUUUGUAUCGGAUCAUGAACGAAACAUGGAACUGAAGGGGCACGCCGAGGUCGUCCCAAGGACUGACAUAACCACUCUACCAAAGUGGGGCACUCUUGACCGUACACCCAGCUCGUUAAAGCGGAAAUUGGUGACAACUCCAGGCUCAUAUAGCUGUAAACGCAUGCGUUCAGACAGUACUUCAGUAAGAAAAACUAAGAGAUGUUUAACAGAUCUGAUGAACGCUUCCAGAGAGGCAGAUGACGCCGAAAUCCUAGUUAAGCGUUUAAAGCUGGAUAUGGUCCCUGAGGAUGGCGAGCCGAAGUUGCUUCCUACCGGCAUUAAGAGGCACAGUGAUUUGUUAGACAACACCAGUCCUGUCCACUUAUCCUUUGAUUCAGGUCAAAUGUCGAGUGAUUGGAACUAUAUAGCACCGAAAGCUGGCACUUCAUUUAUGACACCCACAAAAAACUAUGAAAAGAGGGCAUGCAGGAAACUGUCUCCAAAAUCACCUAAGACUAUCACACCACCUUCAAUGCCUAGUUGUUCACCAGUAAGCGUUUCUCCUACUAAACUUAGAAUAAUAAGUUUCAAUACUCCCACAAAGAAUUUACCUAAUUUUGUGCUUGAUGGAGAGGCUCCACAUUUAAGACUGAUGUCACCCGUUAAGAAGAAACAGGACACCACUAAUUGGCUCACACGUAUAGUGCGAGAAAAAAAAGGAAAAAACUGCAAUCCGGAAGCAAUAGAAAAAGAUUUGGUUGCACCACUUAGUCCUAAAGAGAAUAUACCUGUUAGAAGGAAUUCUGUAACAGAAAAAACACCCAAAUCUGGCAAAAAAUCUAGAACGCUGCUGACGUACUUCUCAGUUGCCAAUAAAGACAAAUAAGUCUUAACAUAUCAUACACAGAUUCUGUGAUGUAUUUCAUCGCAGAGAUGUUAAUUUGAAUAUCUGUGAAAAUUUACCGUUAUAAUAUGUAACAAUAUUCCUAUAUGUCUAGAGAAUUAGAAAAGGUUGCUCGAUAGUCAGGCCCCACAUCUAAGACUAGUUAUUAGGUACCAAGCUGUAUAUAAAUAAUUACCACGAAUAUACUGGCCGCCGAUAUUUGCCCUAUUUUAGACAUCGUGUAUUGGUCUCGAAGUCGCAUGAGCGGUUCCUAGUAAAGUAAUUUAUACAGUUGAGCAUAAUGCAAGCAACUGAGUAUUGAAUAAAUUAAGUCACUUAAAAACUAAGGGCCGUCGACUGGACAGAUUUGGGCAGAGUAGCACGGCGGUCUUUCGUGUGGGGGCCAAGAUCCACUUCGGGUCGUUGCUACACAGCAGUAAGUAAGAAAUUAAGGGCAAGUUACUGAGGCUUAUGGGCGAAUUUAAAUAUUUUGGUUUUGUGAACUUGAGACUACUAUUAUUUCUUUCAACGCAUUAGGGGUCAUCCAUUAAUUACGUCACACCAAUUUCUAGGUUUUUUGACCCCUCCCCCCCUUGUCACACUUGGUCACAUUUGGCAAACCCCUCCCCCCCUAGUGUGACGUCACAUUUUUUCUACGAAAUCGCCAAAUCGAAUUAAGUAAGUACCUAAGUAUUAUUAAUAUUUUAUCAAAAUAUUUUUGACGAUAUAAGUAUUAGUAAUUUUAUAACCCAAAACUGCUUAGGGAAGAAAAUUAAACGAUUAAAAACUAUUUUCGCUUUAAAAACUUGUUAUUUAAAUGUACAGCGAACUAAAUAAUUUAAAUAAAUUUUCGGUUACUGAUGAAGUUAAAGUGACGUCACAAAGUUUGUGUCUCCCCCCUCCCCCAUGUCACAAUAUGUCACAUUUUCUUGACCCCUCCCUCCCCCUAAACGUGUGACGUAAUUAAUGGAUGACCCCUUAUGUAAGCGAAAUAUAGAGCCCUAUAAGUGGAGUUCUAUUUCGUAUUCGUUUUUAAAUACCUUUUUAACGACACCUCGCACCAUAAGGUUUAAAAAAAAUGCAGGGGAGGUACCCUCAAAAAUUUCUAUUUCUUAUGGAUAUAAUCUGUCAGCUGUCAACAGUCAUAUUUCUGGCCAGGUCAAUUUUGUAUGUAACAGAUUCACUUCACUGCCAAGAACCCACGAGGUGGGUUCAUUUUAUAUUGGAAAUGGAGUGCUUGGCACUGUAAGUGUUAAUAACUAGAUGUGUAUUUCGUCAGGUGACAACCAAAACUUAACUAAUUACUGAAAAAUAAUUAAAUAAAAAUCUACCUUAUUGUAGUACUAAUAUGGUUCGCUAUGGCUGUGAACUUGUGGUGGUAAUUAGUGAGUUUUUGGUUUUGGUUUUGGAGCAAACAGUCACACAUGUUGGCCCAAUUUGAAGACUUACGUGUUUUCGAAUUAAAUCAAAUAGGAAGUUCUAAACGCCCUUUUAUACGAAAUGAACUGAUAUUGUGAUUUAAGCUUAAUUAAUGCUAAAUUGAUCUUUUUAGUUAUAAGCAAACAUUUUAUUGAGGAACGUAAGUAAUUAUUUUAGAAUUGUAGUAAACUAUUUUAGUGCAUAGAAUGGACUCGGUAGGUAGGUAUAAUGUACGUGAAGAAAUAUUUAUUCGGCAGCGAAUUUUUUUUAAUACUAGCGAGCCGCCCCGGGCUUCGCACAGUUUACACAGAAUCUUAACAAAUUAAGCUAAACCUUCCUCAAAAAUCUCUAUUGUUAGGUGAAAAUCCGUUCAGUAGUUUUUGACUUUAUCGCGAACAGACAGACGCGGCGGGCGACUUUGUUUCAUAAGGUGUAGUGAUAGUGUUGUAUAACUGUUCGUAUAUCAUGCACUGUUAUUGAAAGAUAAUUUCUAUGCACUAGGAAAGUUUAAAAUCGUACCAAGAGUUUAGAUAGUGUAACAUGGAGUCUACGAUGAUCUUGUGUUAUUUGUAAUGAAUUACAUUUUCGAAAAUCAGUUCUACAUAUUGACAUCUUACUUUGUGCAUUUUUUACGAUGUUACAUUCAUUAAACUAUAUGUCCUUA